UAACAGUUCUGGAGAGACGAAGAGGAUUCGCACAUUGCAGUUCUGUAGGGCUAGCUCCGACUCGCCCCUGACCCAUCUCUAAACUUGCUUCCUCCCUUGCCCAGUUUUCCGCAGCAGUCUCGCCAGGAAAAAAUCUGAAAAGAACGUCGAGGUCUCCAUUUAAGCAGGGGUCCUCUAUCUUCUAACUCGUCGAGACUCUUUCGUGUGGAUCCUUCAGGCGUGGUACCUGCAUCAAAGUGCUGUCAUUCCGCAAAACCGUGAAGCAGGAUCAAGUCUAAGGGUAGGGUUAGUAGGUAGGUUAGUUAGUCUCUUCUUUCUCGACCUUAUCAGACGAAACGAGUGGACACCGCGAAUAGUCAUAUCUCAUCAAGUUGGUAUGACAGCAUAUGUAGUUUCGCCCUCCUUACAUUUUUUUCUAUCAUACCCCCUAAUUCAGUCGAUAAUACGAUAAUACGUAAUGAUGGAGCGCCCUGCUCUCCACGCCCCAAAGUCGGGGGGACGUUCACGUUUCUCAAAAGCAUUACCUGCCCCUCCGCCUAAGUUGGAGGACGACAGGCAAGAGAUAGUUCCUCAAACGCUACCUUCGGUGUACUCGCAAUUCCUUCCCAGGAAAGAUAGCCUUAGUGCCAAAAGCAUUAGUAGUCCAAAGCUGAGCUUGAACUUGCCCCUUCCUACCUUACCACCAGAGGACAUCACCAGCGGCCCCAAGUUGCAAAAGCAGGCGAUGUCUAUUCCAAGGAAGCCGGUGGGACUACCAGCAAAUCCGACCCCAGCCCUGGCCGUAGAUGCCCAGACAAAGAAGAUGCGACGUGUUUCUUCUAUAUCUAGUCUGCUGUCAGCAUAUUCAAAUACGUCGUCCGAUUCUGUUCAAAGGUCGUCGCAGGGCAGUGUAUUCACAAAGGACAGUGAGCCAUCCAAUUCACCGGAGCGAGAAGGAAUGAACGAUACUCGGCCGUCAUUAGCAAAGACGUUGACAGCUCUUCCGAGUAACCCAUAUGGAGACGAAAUGGGACGUACGAAGGAUGAGGUGAAAGCAACUGAUCUACCUCCGCCGCCACCAUUGAAGGACCCGCUCCGUACAAGUACGCCGUCUCAUAGCCAGCUUACGGAAUCAUUCCCGAUGCCCCCGGCGACUCAAUAUGGCGUACAUGACAGAGACCCACCAGCGUCACCUCCUGAUGUUGCUGGCAACUCACCUCAACAACGAGAGAUCUGGCGGCGACGUGUAUCGUCAAAAACCGACCACGGGCCUCUUGUACCAGAGCUCAGAUUAGCUGACUCCCAUGGGUCUACUGCAUCUACUGCAUCCACUGCGCAACCAGUUCACCCAGACCCUCUCCCACCCCCACAGUCCACACAAAAUAACAACACAACUUCCCCAUUACCUCCUAGGAGUACCUCUCUCCCCGGAAGAAACGUUCGACCAGAUAAGCAGGCAGAACCACAACCAGACGACAGGAUGCGCAAACUUUCGGCCAAGCUCAAAGGGCUUACUGGCCGAGGCGAUGCUACCAAAACUUCUGAGAAAGUCAAAGACAAACCGAUUGAGAAGGGUGAACACUUUAAGGAGCUGGCAUCUAGUGUGCAGCGUGAAGACAAUGAGACUGACACAAGCCAUGCGCAUCCUAUAAAAGAUCAACUUCUCGCCGAGGAACCUUCAGUACCAAAGGUUUCAGUCGAGACUGUGGUCUUCUCACCGACUCGUCCUGGAGCAUCAUCGGAGACUCCCCCAAAAGAGUCCGUAGAAAAGCCAAUUCCGCGCCGCGCGAUCGGAGCCCCUACAUUCCGCAAUCAACCGGAAGUUCAUAAAAAGGGGAGCUCGUCCGACCUCAGACAACCAGCUCUUGGGCUUCCACUAUAUCCGCGACCGUCACAAAGUAAUCCUUCCUUGCGCUCACCUUCAACUCUUCAUAAUGCUCAGGAGACAAUGAGACCCAAAGCUUCGCAGCCAAUCCCACCUGUCUCGAUGUCUCUCACAUUACCGUCGGAAUCAGACGGCCCCAUGAAGAAGCCCGAUCUCUUCAAUGUUGUAACGGCAUUAAAUGAGCCUACAUUGUCACCAAACUCAAGCGGUCGCAAGCCAAUGCGCAACAUCUCAAGGGACUUUGACACGAGCGCGCUUAGCGAUAUCGGCGAGUCGGUUGAACAUAUGACUCCGGAGCAGACCGCCCAGAUCAACGAAGCACUGUCUCGCUUUCCUAGGAACUAUAGUCUGGCGACCCCUCCUAAUGAUACCGUCUGGCGAGCUGCUCCCAUCUCUUCGCGACACUAUAGCUGUUAUGUCCGCCAUAACAAGUGGAUUUCAGUUAACAAUUCGAACUACCCGUUGGCUUGCCAGACAUGCGGCGUUGAGGACACAGGAUCGCGCAAGACGUGUUCAUGGUGCAAUCUUCGCAUUUGCUUCGGAUGCCAUGAACGACUCACGGGUCUUUACAAGUCGGAUCUCAAAUUGUUAAUGGAAAACAUAGAACUUGACCAGCGAUCCGGCAAAGAAAAGCAGGUAGCGAAUACUUAACCUAAGCCUCGUAUUGACACAACUCCUCGCCGACGGACGACCUGUUCUUCGAAUACAAAUGUUCGGCCUUAAGGGUAUUUAUAUUAUUCUCCGAUCAACCUCUGGGUUAUGUAAAG